AUGCUCGCCACGAUGGCACUGCUUUUUUGGGCUGCAAGCAUGAACACGCUGACCCACCGGGGUCAUCGUGUUUCGGUGUCAGCAGAAGCGGAAUCAGACGCUGAUGCUGCGAAGGAUUUCCUGGCGUCGGAUGCUGCUGUGCAGGUUUACGGCUUGCUUAGAGUGUGCCGCAUCAGUGUGUACCAUUCCAUGGUGCGGCUGGAUCGAGAUGCAAAGCGGCAACUGCGUUUCUGGCAGAUGAUCACUGGCAGAUCGUUGCAUGGGGAGGCUUUUGUGUUUCAUAUUGACAAGCAUAUACCUUUGGGAUGUCCUUGCGAUUUACAGCAAUUUGAGAGCCACCAGUCACGAAGCUUUGUUGCGAAGCUAGAAGCAGAACAGGGCCCUCGACUUUGGGAGCUGUUAGAGUUAGAGGUGGCUGCUCAUGGACGGGAAUGGGUAGGAGCUGAGCCCCCUGCAAAGUUUCUGAGGGCGCCUCGUCCUUUCUUGCGAAAGGUUUUUGCAGGGGCUUGGCAAUCUCUUGUGUUUCCUCAUUUGCCGAGAACGAAGCAGUACGGGUCUUCGAGCCUGACAAUCAAGUGGGGGUUGUGUGGGCAAGAGCCGCCCCCAUUACCUGCUCACGCACAAAACUUCCCAGAAGAGGAUGCGUCAGAGCCUGUGCAACUGGAAACUGCUGUGCUCGAUGAGGCCAUUGACUUCUUGCAGGAGUAUGCAGCGUCCAUGAAUCCUGACAUGCCGGGAGAGCAGUUCCAGGAAGCUGAAUAUCUCGCGCUUCAGCGAUGUGUGGCCACUUUUCAAUCUCUGCUGGCCGGCCUUGAUCCUAGUGCAUUUGUUCGGUCGGCAAGGGAGAUGGUGGGCAAAGGCUCGGGUCUGUGGCGCUCUUCUCGAAGGCCCUAUCAGGUGGCAUUCUUGGUCAAAGCAGUUACCAUGUCCUCUUUGCUUCGGGGUGCCUCGGCAAUGGGGGAGGCCUUGCAAAUUGCCGCAAGCAUCAUCCUGCCCAAAGUGUUGCAAAGUGUGUUUCGCGACUUGUUGCAGACUUGCCACGAACAUAUCCCGCACGCCAGUAGCAUUUCGAGAUGGAAGCUUGUGCUUGACGGAGGCUUUAUGCUCUUCCGGCGAAUCCGAAAUGAAGCACUGCGCGAUUCCGAGCAGCCUGGUGUUGUUCAUUACCUGAUGGCAGAUGCGUCGUCGCAACAUGGACGUGAGUUUGAGCACAUCAUUCUGGCAAGCAUUAAAAAGCAAGACUUGGGACGGCUCUACCUUGCUGCAAAUGCCCUCUUCCACAUCUGGCAACAGGUUGAGAAUGAUGAUAGCGAGGCUCUGGCACAAGAAACCCAGCUCCUUGCAGACCUUGCAGCUGGCAUCGAGCAGCAUCAUUUGCCAAUUAUGGCCUUGGGGUCAGGGCGGACCAGCUUGCGUGAUAAGUUCUGCACUGUCAUGUUUGCGCUUCUGUUGGAAGCUGGUCCUCACAUUUCCAGUCUCGGUGAUUUCGCUCAAGAUAUUGUUGCUGGAACCUUCGAUCUUGGAGUCGAGUUCUCCUUAAGUACGAUAUGCCCGACCUCGUGCCGUGCACUUUUCCCUUGGUUCGAUGCCAGCAAGGCUAGCAGUCCAGCUCGUGAGCAGGAAGCAGUUCAUGCAAACGAGGAUGAUUUGUUUGAUGACGUGCCAGAUGAUCCUGUUGACGCAGAGACUAUUUCCUUGCAGAGUAUGUUGUCCAUUCCAGGACCUUUGCACAUUCUGCACAAUGCUACGAACCGAUUGCUCGAGCAUUUGCCCUAUGUCGGAAAAGCGAUACCGCGGCUACAGGCAAUCUGCCGUUUCUUGAGCAAUCACGAAACCAAGCAGCGUCUGGUCUCCACAUGUUUUUCUGGUCCUGUAAGCCGGUCAUUUCAGUCGGACAUACUAAAUUUCCAUGCCAAGGUUAAUGAAGGGCGUUGGGGCUCAGUGGCCUUUGCUGUGCCUGAACUGUUGAAUUUGCAAAAGCCGUUGCGGAGAUUCUGGGAUUUGCCAGCCUUCGGCAGUGGCCAAGAAGCAGCGGACGGUCGCCAUCGCCAUGACGAGUCGGGCACCGGUGCAAGGCUCGAUUUAGUUCAUGAAAGCAUCGAGCUGCCUGAUUUUUGGGCGCAGCUGAUGACUUUGAACAGCCUUUUCAAGCUGGUGCGGGAGCUUUUCGAUUGGUUGGAAUGGUGCCCGUGCCACCACAAUCGAGUCGCACCACCGGGCAAGAAACGGGCCUGGGAACUCUGCCCCCUGCGUGGGCGGCGUCUGCCGGAGAUCUCCUGCGGUGAGCUGUUCGAAGUUAUCAACCAGCUUUGCCUAGUGAAUGCUUCGCAACUUUUCUUGGAACUGCCAGAUGAUAUGACGUGUUUUUUGGAGCCUCCUUUGCUGCUGCUGGGCAUAGCGCACCACGACCCAGCAAAGCCCCAAAAGCAGCGAGAUGCAUUGCGCACAUGUUUGGUGUCCGACUGCCGACAUCCGCUUGUGCUGAAGCUGCAGGAAGGUGAUCUGAAGGAGGAGGCCGAACUGUUCAUGGGGGGAGAGGACCUGCGAAUGCUUGAUGCCCUGGCAGCCUUUAUGGGAAGUCUUCGCUUUGCUUGGGGCGCAGAAAGACGGGUGGAAGGUGGCCAUGCUCAAGUCAACAUGCUGACGCUAAGUAGACGACACCGUCAUGAAGCAACAGACUCUUUGGCCUUGAGAUUGGGGGAAAUCAAGAAAAUCCUCUCUUCAGACAGCAUCACACUGUUCUUGGAGUGUGUGCAGGCUGCCCGAAGUCCGCAGAAACUACUGCAAUCACUAGGCAUGGACAAGCAUCCCAGCUGUCGCUUGGCAAAAAGCUCAUGGGACCCAAUUUAUCGUAAGAUCGUUUACCAUUCAGAUCCGCUCUCGUUGUACAGUACGCAGCAACCGGAACUAAAUGUGAAAGUCCCUGCUCCCCGCGGUGGGGAACAUGUGCUGGAGCCGUUGAGAGACCAACCUGCAGACAACCAGGAUCUAGCUCCGGAGACGAUCCACAUGCAGCGUCAGCUGGCCUUGCGACGUGUGAGAAAUCAUCUGAGCGAGGUCUGCAAAGGCCAAGAACCUCGUAAACUGUUUUCGUGCAACAUUCCUCCGUCCUCGCUGCGGCUGUUGUGGCAAUGCUUGGCCCCAUCCCAGACCGUACCGGCUGUUGCGCCAGGAGGUGAGGGUGAUGCUUCUGCGCCAGUUUCGCUCGAUUCUGCACAGGCGUGCGCUGAUGCAUUAGUCUUGCAAGCGUCCCAGAAUCAAAAGGUGUUCUUCAGGAUUGUUGGUUUUGGACUUUCUCGUGCCCAUCUAGCGACACCAGGAGAUUUCGACAAGAGUGAUGUCGGCAUUGUCCUUUUGAGAGGCACAGAGGCAGAAACUGCAGACGGCCCUUGCCGUGUAGAAACGUCUGCAGUAAACUUGCAGUCCCCUGCCGGUGGCGCUGUGUCUGGAUUGGAAGCGGCUCCACUGGUUCUGAGAUUAUCUUGCCUCACUCUGUCCCAUCUUCGGUCGUUGACGGUUUGGGAGGAGAGCACGUCGGUGCUGGCCGAUGAAGCGAGUGGGGCAAUGUUCAUGUUAGUGUCUGCCUCAGCAAAACCAUUGGCGAUACGUCAUGAGCUGCCGUUGGCUGACAGAUCCACGUAUGAGCUUGUGGAGCAGCUUCUUCAAGAUGGUUGGGAAUGUGUGGUUGCGCGUGGGCAGCAGUUGCAGACAGGUUUUCAAAACCAGGUGAGCCAGGCUGCCGAAGAACCGUAUGUCCUUGGUGGCCUCAAGCGCUGGUGGAUCUCACCUGCCGAUUCUGAGGACCCUUUCAGCCAGCGCUUGCGCUCGUACUUGAGAGCGUUGCUUUCCGCCGAUCAGCAUGAAUCUCCCGUUCCUCAUUUUGCUGAAAUUCCUGUCUACUUGGGUCUUCUAAGCCAAGAUGAGCUGGUGGUUUGGCAGGAGAAGCAGAAGUCGAUGCGCAAGAGACAGAGGCCAGCUUUGCGAGCUUUGGCAGAUGUGGACGAGUGGGAUGUGCCUGAUGCGGAGCCGAAGAGAGCUGCCAAAAAACCACGCACCACUGGUGGCAAGCGCAAAGCGAAGCCGAAAGCCUUGCAAGACAGCGAAGCAAUGAAGACGGUUUCGCUCAGCGCUGAAGCCGCUGAUGGCCCCGAGCCUUCGGCGCCCGUGCUGAAAGAUGAGGCCGAUGAGGCCUACGAUGAGCUCCAGCAUGGAGCUGGGUUUGUGGAUCAAGGGCCUGACAGCAUGGAUGAACAAGCUGUGGCGGAUGAAGUGCUUGAGCAGCUAGAGCAAGACCUUGCGGAUAGUCAUGCAGCGGCUGCCACCGACCCUGCUGGCCCUGCUUGCUGCGGAGCCGAAGACGAUGACAACCCUGGAAGUUCUGGAAGCAGCAGUUCCAGUUCGAGCAGCAGCAGCUCGAGCAGUUCAGACUCAGACUCGUCAUCAUCUGCCAAAGCUGCGCCUGCGUCUGCUGCCAAGAGCAAGUCGCAAAAGUCAGGUGGUGCUGGGAAAGCGAAGGCGAAGGCGGCCAACAAGCAAAAAGAGCCGACGCAGACAACGGCAUUUGCGUCUCGUGACAAGAGCAACCGGCUCGAGUGGGGGAUGCAUCACCUUGUACCACGCUACAAAGACGGAGUGCUUCAUAGCUAUCAGAUGUCUUGCCACCAUCCCAAUCACAACGUGGACGGUGGCAAGCUGUGCUCACGUGAGCUUUCGGUCAACGUGGUUGGUUCUGAAGAAGGUGCCCGACGAGUUCUGAAAGCCUGGGUGUUGCUCGGGCACAGUCUCCAAGAUAGAGCCUCCCAUAUGGAUAAGUCCAGCAGGCAGAACCUCUUGGAGGCCCUCAACGAUGGCACAUUGUUGUCAGAGGCAGAGUUAGAUGAGCUAAUCGUGGCCACAGCAGACGAACCAGUGGUUGCACCGUUUCGUAUGCCUCCCGAGUCUGAAUCCAAGACAAAAAGCAAGGGCAAGUUGCUUCUGGGGCGAGCAGCCAAAGGCGUGCCGAAGGCCGUGCAUACACGGAUGGAAGAGCUGGCAAAAAGGGGUGGGGUUCCGCCCACUACGUUGGCUCAGCGUGCAAGGAAUCAAAAGAGUCCAGGCACGACGUACCAUGUGCCCAAAGAGCUACAUGAAGCUCUCAUAUUCGGUUACCUACAUCCAAAUUUGCCACCGCCGAGUGGCUACUGUUGGAGACAUUCGGUCGAAGGUUGGCGCCUUGUGAUCAGGGGUGGGUGA